AUGAAGAUGACGGUGGCAACUAUAGAAAUGACGGUGGCAACUAUGGAAAUGAUGGCGGCAACCAUGGAGAUGACGGUGGCAACUACGGAAAUGAUGCUGGCAACUACGGAAAUGAUGGGUGGCAACGAUGAAGAUGACGGUGGCAACUACGGAAAUGAUGCUGGCAACUAUGGAAAUGAUGGUGGCAACCACGGAAAUGAUGGUGGCAACUACAGAAAUGAUGGUGGCAACUAUGGAAAUGAUAGUGACAACCAUGAAGAUGACGGUGGCAACUAUGGAAAUGAUGCUGGCAACUACGGAAAUGAUGGUGGCAAUCAUGGAAACGAUGGUGGCAACUACAGAAACGAUGGUGGCAACUAUGGAAAUGAUGGUGACAACCAUGAAGAUGAUGGUGGCAACUACGGAAAUGACGGUGGCAACUACGGAAAUGAUGGCGGCAACCACGAAGAUGACGGUGGCAACCGUGAAGAUGCUGGCGGCAACUACGGAAACGACGGUGGCAACUACGGAGAUGACGGUGGCCCCGUAGAAAUGCCGGCGGCCCCCCAAAAACGGCGGCUCCGUGAAAACAACCGCGGCGUUGGGGAAAGGCAGGCGACGGGGGCGGCGCCGCCACGGCGACGGGAGCCCCAAAAAAGCUCUGGUGGCAUCGGGAAGAG